GCUACGAGAGUUGGAGACGGAAUUGGCCACUGAUUAUCUAUGCAGCUCAACCACAACCGUUGCCACGCCUUCCAUUGACCUAAAACCCAUGUUUAGUGAUACAAUAUAUCCUCCACCACCCUCACCACUACCAUGACAUGAGCCCCAUGGUUAUGAUUACUUGUAUGGUUCCUGGAAGGCUUCUCCAACCCCACACCAUCCAUGGAUGCCCUGACCAUGAGGUGCUACCGCUACUCACCUAGUGUCGCCAUGGUUCCGAUGAGGAAGACCUCGAGGACGACGAUGACGAGAGCCUCCAUCUCCACAGAUGGCUGCUCGAGUUCUGAGCCCAAGAAGAAAUCCCACUCUGUCAGCUUCGCUGGCAAGGCCAACAAGGUUUACGAGGACAAGGACAUGGGAAUCCUCUGCUACACCGACGAGAACGGUGAACUGGUGUGCGAGGGCCUAGACGAAGGCCCGAGGCUGACGUGGCAGGACAUGGAAAAAAAAAACGAGAAUCAAGAACGUCAGAGGAGGCAGAGGACACCGCCGCCUACGGUUGGUAGGAUCGACUGGAGCAGUCUCCAUGCUGCAGUUAGCAUGGGGAAAAACUGAAACAAGUUUCAGUAUCGCGCGUGGCUUACUGGAGCUGGAGUUCCUCAUUUGCCCUCGCCCUUCCUUUCCACGCGCUCAUGGAGCUCGCUUCUUUAUCCUUGCCGGCGAGCCGGGAGACUCUGUGGCUCGUUACUUGGCUACUGGGAGGAGAAGUGGCGUGCUCCUCGCAUGGAUCCACCGUCGACCACGGCUGCCUUCAUCCUAGAGUGUCCCUCACCACCGGUUGUGAAGGAUUCGGCGCCAUCCUAUUACACCCAGUUUUAUAAGGUAAACCGAAUGCAAACCAAGUGUGUGCUGGGAUCAGAACUCACACACACAACGAUUACAUAAAUGACUCAUUAUAGCAUAAUGCUUCGAAUAAUAAUAAAGAGUAAGCAAUAAUUGUCGCAGAACCUCCCAAGUUAUUGGGCCCA